GCAUAGUCCGCGGAUCCCGGCAAAAAGCGGUGGACGGACUCCGCGGAACGCGUUCGCUCUCUGCCAGAGCAUCGAGGCUGAGAACCCGACAGGGAGCUAGCAUCAUGGCGUUCAGUCUUUCUUGAAGACAGGCCUCCUGUCUUAUAAAUUCGCUAUCGUCGUAAUGUCGCCCUCGCAGACAGUUAUCGCGGGUUCCUAAGUUAGAUGCGUCGCGAUGGCAGGACAAAAGGAACUGCAACAGCAAGAUGUCGCCAGUGAUGCUCCCCCGUUGGCAGACAAUCCAAUUGCCGACGAAGAGGGAGACGGUGAAUCAGAUGGCUUCUUGAAGAACUACAUGCGGAUCUUCUCGUAUACUGAUCGCGUCGGAUGGCUGCUGAAUGGCCUGGCUCUGGUCGGAGCGAUUGGAGCUGGUUGUGCACUCCCAAUCAUGGAUCUGCUAUUCGGAAAGGUGAUCACCAACUUCAACAAUCUGGCCACUGGUGGUCAUGACGCUGCUGAAUUUCGGUCCAAAAUGAACCAAUAUGCGUAUGCUUCCUGAUCGUCGCAUCCCAACGCCGCGAUUCUUAUCUAUUAAUUUAAUCUCGACUAGGUUGUAUUUCG